GAAUGCUGCGACCGCUUCUCGUCGCCUGCGUCGCCGCACGUGCGGUGAGCUUGACGGGCAUUUGCUACGACUCGUACCUCGCAACGUCGCAGGUCGCAUCCGACUUUCGCAUGAUCCGCACCAAGUUUGACGCGGUCCGCACGUACCAGACGUACGUCAGCGGCUUGAACCUCAUUGCGGAAGCCGCCGCCGCGAACCUCAAAGUCGCCGCUGGCGUCUGGAUCCGCGAUCCGUAUAUCUUUGCCAACGACGUGGCGGCGAUAGUCGCUGGCAUCAAGGCCCACCCGGGCACGGUCCUCGCGGUGUACGUUGGCAACGAAGAGCUCUUGCAUGGCUGGAACGCCAGCCAAGUGAUUGCCGAAGUCCAGGCCGUGCGCGGUGCCCUCAUCGCGAACGGCAUCACAUCCGUACCCGUGGGGUCGGUCCAAACGGAUGGCGACUUUCUAAACAACCCCGAGCUCGCGGCCGUGUGCGACGUUGUCGGCGUCAACAUCUACCCGUUCUUUGGGUCCUCGCCGCUCGCGGUGCUCUUUCCGAUCCAGGACCUCUCGACUCGCUACAACGCUGUCGUCGCGGCGUACGGGAAGAGCAGGGUCAAGCUUACCGAGACGGGGUGGCCGACGUCCGGAGUCUCGUACGGCGCACCCGUCAUCAGCUUUGCGACGGCGCAAAACUACUACAACAGCUACACGGCGUGGACGGCGACGUCGGGCGCCGACUGUCCGUUCUACUUUCAGUUCCAAGACGUCACAGCCAAGCAAGGCUUCGAAGCGCACUUUGGCUUGUCCGUGGACGGCGUCAAUUGGAAGUUUACGCCACCAACACCGGCGCCGACACCCGCCCCGACGCCGGCACCGACACCGGCACCGACACCGGCACCGACACCGGCACCGACAACAGAAACGCCGGCACCAACCACCGUCGCCCCCACCACGACACCGACCACAACCAAGCCGGUGUCGACGACCGAAACGCUGCACAAUAAUGACACGUUCGUGCCCGAGAAGGGACAGUUCGUGUUGGACGGCGCCAACACCACCGACAGCAAUGCCACUGCCGUCACGACUGCCGUGGUCACACCCGCACCGACGCCAGCCCCGACGCUUGCGGCCAUCGACAAGCGCGAGGAUGGCGCCACAUCCGGCACCCACGUCGCGGAAACCGCGUCUUCGUCGCCGUCGUCGCCGACGACCAGCAUCACCGUCAGCGUCCUCAGCGUCGUUGCAGUGCUCGCACUCGUUGCGGCCGUGUACCACCAUUAUCGCAAGUCGGACGCGAUCAAGCCCAACACGCUGCUGCCGGGCCGUCGCAGCAGCACGCUCACGAUCACGCACGACGCGAUCGCCAUCUUGUAGGAGGAUCGAAGAAGCACCUGCAGAGAAUCCACGGCGGUGGUGUAAUCCAAGCUCUACAUCCAGUAGCUAUUAACGAGAACGUUAUUAGUACCUC